UGUAGUCAGAUCAGGAAUCAUGUCUUCCAUCAUAAGUAUUCCCGUUUCGCCUCUCAUAAUGUCGCUGUUCGAAGAAUGUAAGGAAAACUUGAAAUAUGCUGACAAAUCCAAUACAGACUUCCUGAUAUUUCUUCUCAACUCCUCAAUGCACAUCUUUUCUAUAGUGAAAGAAUUCUCCCCAAUCCUCCAGGAUGCUCUGGGAUCAACUGGUACAUUGGAAAACGGAGCAAGUCAAUUACAAGAAUUGGAGAAGAAGUCCAACGGGUUUUUAUCCCCUACUAAACCUACAUCAACUAUUAACACGCUUCAUGAUAUAAAAACAGACCAAAACGGGCAUUGCACAAGCGAUGAUGAAAUAUCUCUCGCCUCUUUGACAUCCCCUCACAAAUCACCUACCCAACCUCCCAUAACAGAAUCAGCUAUUUCUGAUCACUUUGCUAAUUACAGUAAACCAUCAAAUAUUCACGCUUCUUCUCCAAAUAAACCACAUCAUACCUGUCCAAAAUGUGCGGCUACAUUUUCCUUCAAACAAGGACUUCAGCGUCACUUGUCUAAAAACUCGUGUGAUUUUCAUUUGGGCAAAAAGAGAAAAUUGUCAUUGUUGAACAGCCAGCCAAACUCAACCACAACUAACGGAAAAGAAAGCAGUGAAUCUGAAAGUGACAGUAGCGAUGAGUCCGAUGAUGAUUCAAUCAAGAUAACAAGCUCAAGCUUCAGUGGCAAUCUCCUCUGCCCUGAUUGUGGUAAGGGUUUUGUAAGCAUUGGUAACUUAAACAGACAUGUUAAACUAUCAAAAGUCUGUGGAACUGUGGACUUCAAAGAUUACGAAUCAAACGAUACCAAGUUAUCCGUGAGUUUACCAGCAAAGUGGAGCGAUGAUGCCUCUCGCCCUGCAUUUGAGUGCACAUUCUGUAAGUCAGUUUUGUCAACAGAAAAAACAUACAAUGUUCAUAAGAGAAAGUUCCGUUGCAGGAGACGUUGCAAGUUUUGUGAGUUUACAGCUUCACAAAGUAUCUUUGUUCAAAGUCAUCUUACAAAAGAGCACAAUUUACUCUUGUCGGUCGAUGAAAUUGAAGACUACAACAAACAGUUGUUCUUGGAACAUUUCAAUGAACCAAAUUUGGGUCCCAUCAAGGAAGGUAAACAACGCUUAUACUGUCCAGUAUACCAGUGUAAGUUCUCUACCACUCACAAAGGCGGCCAGACGACACACAUCCGAUUCCACAAAGCAGAGGUCGCUAACAGUGGCGAAGAUGUGCACGAUUGUGAAACCUGUGACACUUUCGGCAUUCCUGACGAUAAGUUUGAAUUUCAUGAUUGUGCCAAAGAAGCAUCAGCUGUUAAUGAAUCAGAUUCAGAUGCCAAAGAGAAUGGAGCCUUACCAAGUGAAUCCCUGCAAGCAAAUAAGCCAGCCAAAGAAGAAACAGUCUCACAAAAGGAGAAUUCCUCCAAACUAGUUGAAGAAGAAAAAGUUCCACAAAAGAAAAGUUCUCCCAAAAAGAGAUCUCCAGUAUCCCUUAAACUGAACAAGAAGACAUCUCCGGCCUCAGGUGCCAUGCCUUCAUUGCUAAAACUGGCUACAAACAGCACAUCACCGAAAAAGAAGGCUAAUUUGUCGUUGAAGAAGAAGUUAUCCGGUAAAAAGGGCUCACCAGAGGAUGCAAGAUUACAGUGUAAAUUUUGUGACUUCGUGGGCGCGUCACAUAGGCAUGUAGCAGGGCAUAUGAACGUUCAUAAGUUUAAACGAGCAAGAUUGAGUUCAAAUGCUACUUGAAUUAGUGUAAUGUUUCUAGGCACUAGAUUUAAUGGAAAAAUCUUCUAACCUUUCUAACCUUCUAAUUGUUAAGUCGAGCUAUUUGAGACGUUUUAUAAUAUUUAAUAUACUUAGUCACGUGUCUGGAAGUAGUAUCUUGUUUUGUAUGCGUGUGGGGUUUUGCUGACUUUUGUAUGGCUGUGUUGUUAAUGUUGUUUGUGAUGUGGUAACACUGAAUGUGUUAUGCUGCUAGAUGCGAUGUGCUUGUUGUUUCUGUGCGAUAAUUACAUAAUUAGUCAGUGAAUAGUAAGUAUCAAUAAAGAUUUUUAUGAUCAUCAUGAUAAAGUUUAAUUGAAUUAAGCUAAUAUUAUAGAUAAGAGAAUUGAAGAUAAUUUUUAAAAUAUGCUGUUUGGGGUAAGGGUGAUCCAGAAAAUGUCAAACAUUUCGUAAAAUUUUAUAAAAUGACUUUGUUUACAUAUUGCAAUAUUUGACAUUUUCGACACCUAUCUUGAAAAUUCUUGGUUUUUUAUAAAUUCCCUUAAAAUGCAUUGUGUCGACCAUGUCUAUUCAAUGAUCCCACAGUUAUAUUAAUUAAUUGCUAUAAAUCAAUUCAAUGUUGAAUGUACUAUCUCAAUUUAAUAAUUAUAAAAUAAUAAUUAUUAUUACUGUAUCACUC